CUACCACUGCUGGAAUUAACUGCAGCUGUCAUCUACCACUGAUACAAUUAACUGCAGCUGUCAUCUACCACUGACACAAUUAACUGCAGCUGUCAUCUACCAAUUGAUACAGUUAACUGCAGCUGUCAUCUACCACUGAUACAAUUAACUUCAGUCGUAAUCUACCACUGCUGGAAUUACCUGGAGCUGUCAUCUACCACGGACACAUAUAUAGCUGCAGCUGUCAUCCACCACUGACACAAUUAACUGCAGCUGUCAUCUACCACUGAUACAAUUAACUGCAGCUGUCAUCUACAACUUCUACAAUUGACUGGAAUUGUAACCACUAUUACCAUUGACUUGCACUGGUAUUUACUACUGCUAUCACUGGAAAUUCUGCCAGUUAUCAGGAAAGCAGUCAAAGCUUACAUUGUGUGAGGGUUGCUGGCUUGCCUUGUUGUCUCUUGGCAUUUGCACCUGUGUUCUCUACAUCAAAGGAAACACGUGGACACAAGGGGUUUCUGUCCAAAGGAAAGGAAACUGUCGACACUCACUUCAGAGAGUCACUGGUCAGCAGCUGUCCGCAAAAGAGACUUCCUCAGCGGAGCAACAAUUAUACUCUGGCUUUCCACUUUGUCAAUAGGACUAAAGUCUGAAGUUGAUUUGUAGUCAUAACACCAUCCAGCACACCCAGCCAGCAACACAAAGCCGGAACCGGAUAUCCAGGGUCAUAUACACCCUGUCCUAAGCUGCUAACACUCUACACCAUAAUCACGGUGUUCAUCUGGUUGUCAUAGUAACCUGGAUAUUAAAACCAUUUCUACAGGAUUUACUAGAGGAUUUAUUAAGUAGCCAGAUCUCAAUCUCCACCCCUUUAUCGGAUUGGAUUGAUUAUAUUUAUAGUGGUGACUAGAACAGACAUUACUCUAAUAACAAUAGACCCACUCGGGUAUCAAGUCAUCAUAUCAACCUAUCAGCCAUCAAAGAUAUAUUGCAGUUGAUCUCAACUACAGCAAAGUACCUACGUCAGUACGCUCUCAGUUCCUAUCAAGUACACCGCCUCUGCUUCAAAGUUGUCUACUUGUGUUUGGUCUUCACCUGGCUAAGUCAACACCACAACUACAAGUACAACUUGAGAGUUUUCUGCAGAGACUAGGGGAAACUUGGCAGAACAACACUAUUGUCUAUUGCUCAAGUCACCAAGACUAGCUGUGUGGUAGCUUCACCCAUUACAUACCCAAGGACACUCAACACAGGCAGGACAAGAUCUGGUGACGUCAUCAAACCAUUCUCUCCGCUACUCCACUCACAGAUCAAUACUGUGGAACAGGUGACUUGCUGAACGUGCAAAUUCCUCAGCUGACCGUGGCUAUCGACACUUGAUAUAUCAAUUGCUGCUGCAACAUCUGUCCCACCCUCGCAUCAGCUGCAUUCUGACUACAACCAUAUACGGUUAUUGAUCCUGAGCUGGUGACCUGGUCUCUGCCUAUACAACUUGACUCCGUGCAAACAGAAAACAUCCCCAGGGAGUGUUCUCGGCCAUAGACACGAUUCUGAACUAAAGUGUCAGUGCCAUUGCCGCGUCAUCUCCAUCUUUGACCUCAUCUACCUGCAACACACCAACUAGUAAAGGUCUGGUUAGUCAAUCAACUUCGCCUAGUACAGCCCUUGCCGAAGUCAACAACCGACACCAGCCUGAUCAUCCCCAGCCUCAGCAAUGAAGACCAACCAGGCACUCGCACUCAAAGACCUCGAGGAACGGCUAAGAAAUGAACUUCAACAUAACGUCCCUGAUAUCAUGGAUCACCUGGAGAGCGAUCACAACUUGCUGCAGCACACGAGUUAUGAGUUUGCCAAAAUCACACACCGCAUGUUGACUGGCCAUGAACAGAUCAGUUUGCUUAUCGGUUAUUUCCUGACUCUGGCAGGUCAGAAGGGAAAGAAGGUGUUCGCAAUGUUUUGCAAUGUUCUACGUCAGAUCAACUUUGAGCAGCUUGCCAAGGAGCUGGAAAGCAAGGAAGAAAUAUACGAUCAAGGAACUUUGUCCAGCCAAUCCAGUGGUGACAUGGAGUUCCACGGAUGGGAGUGUAAACGCUCUGCUCCAUUCCUACCAGAAACCUUCCCAUCGCCAUCUACUGGAUUACAACAAGCAGCCACCAAUGCAGCCACUGCCAGUGUACAGAAGAGCCAAACAACAACUCAACAACAACAACAACAACAACCGCAGGCUGAUGUUGAACCAUUGCUAGCACACUACCGUAAGCGUCUUCUUCAACUUUGUCGAAUCGAGAGCAAGAGGACUGCUCUACCAGGAAUUGGUACCCGGCGUGAAGGACAGACUGAUGUUCGCAGUUUCUACACUAGCGUGCAGGCCUUGACACUGGAGCAAGCUGAACAACGACUGAAUGAAAAGGGUGGAAAAACAGAGAGAUGCAGCAUGACAACGAGAUCAAUACCAAUACGUCGAGCAUCACAACUUCUGCAACGUAAACUAGGUGAGCGUGUGCCAUCACGUUAUGAUAACGACCGCAGAUCACUUGUUGAAAGCAGCAUGCUUGUUUCUCCAGCUGGCAGCGGGAAAAGCACAGUGUGUAAGAUGCUUUUGUCUGACCACUACCAUAACAACACUGACAGCAGCAGCAGCAGCAGCAGUGCUAUACCUUCUUGCACUGCUGUUGACAGCGGUGUAUACACCAGUGCUACUGAUCCUGAUUCCACACGCCAAGCUAACACUACAACCAGCAAGGAUGUAACUGCUACCAACAGUGGUAACGCCUCCACCAUGACAGGCAGUCUUAGCACCUCUUCCAACACAACCAGCAGCAGCACCGACACUAUCACCAGCAGCAGCACCAGCAGCAGCGUCGACACUAUCACCAGCAGCACCACCAGCAGCAGCAGCACCGACACUAUCACCAGCAGCACCACCAGCAGCAGCAGCACCACCAGCAGCAGCAGCAGCACCGACACUAUCACCAGCAGCAGCACCACCAGCGGCAGCAGCAGUACAUGUGUUAGCAGCAACGAAAACAGUGCAAAGGGCAAAAUUGAUGAUGGCAAAAGUAGUGGAAGCAGAGAUGGGGCCAACAUUGAAAAAAGUCGUGGGAGCAGCACUGAGAGCAGCGGUGGGAGAAGUCGGAGACAACAUGCCGAAAAGGAGAGGGAGUUAAGAAGAGAUGCAGUGCUGUCCAAUUUCAACUAUGUCGUACAUCUACCUUGCCGUGAUGUGGAUAGAGUCUGCAGUUACAAUUGGUCUACUCUACUUGGCCUGGAUGAGCAAUGUCUGCAUCUAGACACACACCAGCAAGACCAAAUGAUCGAGUACCUAGAGGAUCAAUCACAACAAGUCCUGUUCAUUGUCGAUGGAUUGGACGAAAUUGGUAAAGAUGUGCUCGAGAAACGAUCAGCUCUCUCUGCUCUCGUCCAUCGUGAGCGGUUUGCUGACUCCCGAAUCUUGUUGACAAGCCGUCCUUGUCAGCUAGCAUCCACGCUUGCAAAAGAAUGUGAAGAACACUAUUGGCUGGCUGGAUUUAACGAUCAUCAACUCGAACGCUACUGCCUUCGUAAUCUUGGUGAAGAUCUGGGCCAGUCUUGUUGGGAGGAGCUAUGCGAGGUUAGCUUAGGCCACGUCAAAGAAGCACUGAAGUCCUCCCCAUUGCUAUGUGCAAUGCUCUGUGAGCUCUACCGAAGUCGUCAGAAUGUACCGAGGUGUGCAACCAUGAUGUACUCCGGCUUUGUCAAGCAAGCUGCAAACCUGCGUGGCUGGCAGUUGCAAGAUGAUGGAGUCAGCCUUGAGAGUUCCACACUGAGUAACAGCUUGGCUCGUGCCACAACAACAGAGGAGGACCAAGAGAAAUAUUCUGCUCCACUGUGGACAACUCAAAGCAGUCAACCCCAUUACUGUGUACCAGCAUCAACUGAUACAGCCCACACCGCAGCUGUCAGUGGAGAUACUGUACUAAUACAACGUAGCAGUGAUACGGAGCAAUCACAUCAAUGUAUGAGCAAACGUGCACAGAACGAGCUUGGUCGUGUAGCUCUCAUGUACUUGAAUAGAAAGCAAGUACUGAUCCCUACAAGUGCCUUGUCCAGUGAGUGCAGGAAUGCAGCUUGCUCUAUUGGUCUCCUUGUUGAGUGUAACACAGGUAUUGGCAAUGUACUACGUUCACAGGCAAAACCAUGUGUCUACUUCGUACACUACUCACUACAGGAGUACUUUGCAGCACAGUACUUGUGUGCAGAUCCUGAGCAUGCUCAAGCUGUGAAAGAAUGUGCACAAGAUGGUUAUGGUGUUGGUGAGGAGACAGCACCAUUCUGGGCAUUUGUUUGUGGUACUGCAACUAGCAAGCAACUAGCGGAGAUCAUCAGUAUACUAAAAUCAGCAAUGUUAGAACAUGGCCGGACUGUUGCCAACGCUACUCGUUCUCUCCUGUCCUACUUCAUGGAGCAUGUCAACACCAGACCAACCCUCGAGGAACAAGCAAUAUUUGGUUUUGGCACAAGUGAGGAGACCAGUUACCUCUCCAAGGCAGUGGAUAGCAUUGCUGCUGAUGGACUAAGACUGAAUAACGUCCGACUUGGAAUGAGUGAUGUACUGGCUCUACAGUGUGUACAUGAUCAUGCAACUACUAUCAAGCUACUGGAUCUCACAGGUUGCAACCUCACAGCAGAGAAGUGCAACAUACUCACACUGACCAAGGCUGAACACCUACAACUGCGGGCGACUCCAUGCAGUGCCAGUCUGGUGGAAAUGGCAGCAAGAUCUCUAUCUUGUCCAGGCAGCAAAGUGAGAAACCUUCAGCUUGACAUGUGUGAUCUAUCAGCAUGUACCUAUCCAGCUCUGCUGGCAUGUGUGCAAGCUAAGAAUCUCCAGAGAUUAGUCUUAUUUUCCAAUAAGGAACUUGGAAAUGGCUUUCUGGAGUAUCUACAACAGACACUCUACAGUGAUUGUCAGCUUAAACACCUUAAUCUGCACCAUGUUGGUCUGACAGCUGGUUGUGGAAGUCAAUUGGCUGCACUCAUCACCAAACUGUCACAGCUUCAGCGACUGGAUAUGAGUGGCAAUAACCUCAGCAACUCAGACGUGGAGCAAGUUCUGGCCGCUUUGAAUACCAAUGUAAUUGGGAUAGUCUGGGUCCAGGGCAGUGACCUGGAUGAUGGUAUCGUUCCAGCUAUCUGUGAGUUCUAUCAGAGAAAGAACGGAAAGCUGCAGGAGCGGCAUUCAUCAACUAGCACCUCUCAAGCAGUUCAGAAUGGCCACACAUGUGAAGUACAGUUACAAGGCUGUAAUGUGACCCGAGAAGGCCUGGAAACCAUAGCAACAGCACAGUGCUUAUCCCGUGGUGAUCAGGUGCUCACUGGUCUACACUUUGUAAACAGUGAUGGUGUAAGGGAACGGGAUCUGCGGCAAAGGUUGCUCCAGAACCAUGGCGAUCUCUGCAUGGAAUACAUUGGUGAUAGUGGCGCACAGCAGAUUGCUCCAGCUAUUGGCUAUAAUGGCAGCGAUCACUAUAUGUACUACAUAGCCCAUCAAACCAUCCAGAAAGUCAUCCCAGUCAUGGCUAUCAACACAACUAUGGAGAAACUAGAUCUCCGGUACUGCAACAUAACCAGCACUGGUGCAGAGGUGAUUGCAGAACAAGGCCUGGCGCACAACAACACGCUCCGAGUGGUCGGGUUAUCGUACAACAACAUUGGACUGCAUGGAUUGUGCUCAUUACUCAGAGCAUGUCGUCAACGCACUGCAUCAUCUCCACUGGCAUUGGAUAUGUCAGAUAACAACAUAUUUCCUGCAUAUCAACAACUGCCACCGCUACAACAGCAACAACAGCCACAACAGCAGCAGCAAGCUGAUGUUAUCCGUCCAGUCACCAGUCUACUGUCACAGUGCACAGGGAUUGUUUUUCUCGCACUUUCAGGCACAGGACUGGAUGAUGACACUGGAGCUGAGUUCAUCACAUCUCUACGCAGUAAUCAGUCUAUCACGUGGCUCACACUUGUCCGAAAUUCCUUGAGUGAUCGCAGUGCUGGUGCACUGUGUGUUGCUAUGGAGACCAACACCACACUGAAAACCAUCUCACUGUACAAGAACAACGUGACAGAUGAUGGAGUGAAGCAGCUCAUCAGCUCGCCUGGUAUACAACGUAUGCAUUCUGUAGCACUGGGUGGCAAUCCAUGUCAGACAGAGCAGUUAAGAAUGCCGCUGUUUGACGGUAGGAUCUCAUAUGUCCUAAGUAGUCUUCUGGAACUCACGAAGCGACCUGAUUGAACAGCUGGAGCAAUAUGACAGUGAGUGUUUUCAGUCACAUGAUCAAUAUUCUGCUGGCCAUAGACUCUUCCUGUUUGCUAUUCUCAUAAUGACCAUUUCAUGGAGCAGCCUUGAAACUGGAAAUAGCUGCUACACUUGAAUAGACGGAAUGCAUGAUAGUACCCAUAGUGUUUGAGUUACCUGAGAGAGACAACUACAGUUGAAAUCUAUACUUUUUCUCAUAUCAGCAAUGUUUAGUGAGAGCUACCAUAGUUGGUUUAGAUCACUUGUUAGACAUUUCUUCAGUACAAUCUUCACAACACACACUUCGUUCCCAAAACAUGUAGAGAUUACAAAGCAAGAAGCAACAUAUCCACCAGCAACAUUUAUAUUCUCACCAGUAAUUCUGUGUUGCCGUGUAAUGCAACAUACCCAGCAACUCCACUGUAACCAUGGUGACAGCUAUGUUACAGAAUAUCCACUCACAGAGCAUGGAUAGUGUUGUCCUUUUCUUGCACCCUUCCUCCCCUUCCAUUUCCGUCAUUGAAUUAUGCUAGUUUUGGAUGAAUUCUCUAAAAGAAGA